AUGGCGUGUCUGCUGGAGGACGGUCUGAUCAAGACCAUCUCCAUUGAGCAGGUGGUGGCGCCCAUCACCACCCACCUGUGCCACCUGAUCCUGCUGUGCGAGAGCCGCCAGGGCGCCCAGAGCUUCACUCACCUGGAGACGGCCGCCAGGGCUGUGGCCAAGGCUGCCAAGCAUAUGGCCACCACAGCGGCCAGGCUGGUGGCGGAUGCGGAGGACGAGGUGAUGCGUAUGGAGAUGUCCCCGCUGGUGGAGGCCAUCGCGGUGGCAGGGCAGCACGUGCUGCUGGCCUCUCAGAAGCUCAACAUCCAGCCGGACCUGGACGAGCACAGAGAGGAGCUCGUCAUGGCAACGCAGAACGUCCUACUGGGCGUCGUCAAGAUUCUUCUGGUGGAGGACGACGCCCGAGUACGGAGGAUAGUCGCUGCGGGUCACUGGCUGUUAGACUGUGUCUCCCAGAUUGACAAUGCCCUGGACAUGCCCUCUCUACUUAAAUCUUUUCGGGUCUUCUCGCGGGCCGUUCUCCUCACCAACAGCCUGGUCCAGGAACGACUGGAGGACCUGAGAAGCUCCAGGCAGCAGGAGCAAAUUAGGAGCUCUCUGGACACCCUGACUAAAUGCAUCUCCAUGUUACACACAGCUUCGUACACAACCAUCAAACACCCGACCAGCGAGCAGGCCCAGGCCGCCAAGACAUACGUGCUGCAGCAAGUGAAUGGCACUGUCAACGACAUCAUCGCCACCCUGAAGAGCCACUGUCACUGGGCCCCCAGUGGCCCCAACGGGUACUACACCGACCGGCGGAGCAGCCUGCUGCAUGUGUUGGCUGUGUCCGACUGCUCGACAAUUAGCGUCAAGGACUUUGACGUCCUGCUGAGAGACCUGGUGUUCCAUUGUAUGAUGGUGGCCAACACGUCUCGCAGCGAGAUACAGCCAGGAGUGGCAGAGCAAUGCCGGCAGGCGCUCAAGCUCUGGACCGACAUAUCGCAGCAGCUGAAGGACCUGCAACAAGAAGGGGUAGCAGCUCCUCAGUCUUCCAAGCGACAGCUGGAGAGCCUCUGCACCUCCCUGAUUCAAUGCAUCCACAAGCUCGAUGAAGCGGUGGUGACAGCUACGUUGUGCCAGGUCCUUGAUGUUUUCGUAUCAGCAGGUGCUCCCAUGGAACAGCUGAUGACUACCGUGAACCAUCUCUUCGAUGGGGAACCAGAGGAGGGAGAACCGGACCACGACAGCCUCCAGCCUCUGCUCAGGGCAUUCCACUCCCAUGCCGACAGGAUGGUGCAGGUUGCUGGCUUCGUGGCCGCGCUAGCCAUUGAUGCUAAAAGCCUUGAGUGUGUUGAGAACUCGCGCACAUGUCUGAUACGACUGAGGGAUGCUGUGGCACCCAUUUUGCAAGAUCUGAGAGGCUCUGACUCAGUCCAGUGUGCGGAGGCAUCGCAGAAACUUCUAGAUCUGCACCAGCGCUGGACGGACGACACAGACCAGCUCCUGAACGCCUUCACCGACAUCGUGGACACCAAGGCAUUCACAAGCCUGGCUGUGCAAGGCAUGGAGGACAGCUUGCGUGGGUGUGACGUGGCGUACAAGUGCCGUGACCUGCAGCUGUUUGGCGAGCAUGCUGGCCUCCUCAUGGGUCACAUGACCCAGGUGAUACAGGCUGUGAGGAGACACGUGGACAAGAGCGACGAUCCCAUCUACCGCAAUGGACUCCUGGUGCUGGUGCGACAGGCAGAGGCAGCCACUGCGGAGGUGACAGGAUGUGUGACAGACAUCUGCUCAAGCAGUGAUGAUGACGACGGUGCUUAUAUCACUUUUUCAGAUCAUCUAGCAUUGGCGAUCAAGUAUUUUGAGGUGUUGCAGGAAGGCAUAGAUGGACUGAAACAUCCUGAUCUGCUGAGUCCUUUAAGGGAAGAGGCACGGAACCCUAUGACUUUAUUACCCACCCUCCCAAGCCUGGAACUGGGUCAUGAAUUGAGACCAUCAGACCUGGAUCAGAAGGAAAGUGAGACAGAGGAAAGAUUCUCAGAUCAAGAAAGUCAAAGUGUAGUUUCAACAGUAGUGCAACCUGUAUCUGAACUGGAAUUUGUGGCAAAGCCAGUUGAACACAUCUCAAUUUCAUCUCCAAGAGUUCAACAUUUCCAACGAUUCCAACGGCCCUUGGAAACCAAAUCAGCCACCAAAAGCUCUUUUCUAUUAGAAACCAGGCCACACAGCCCUCCACAAAAGCUUCCAAAAGAGGCUGUUGGCCUCCUGCCUCUCCUGAGCGAUGUGGUCAGCAUGACCAAAGGAAGAGAUGUCACCGCACUGAAUGCAGCCUGCUCAGGCGUUCUUGAGCUGUCCAACUGCUACGCACAAGCUGCUAAAGAAGUGACAUUCAUCAUUGACAAGGACAACAGCAAAGAGGUGGACCUCCUUCGUUCAGAGUUGGUGUCUCUCACUCCGCUGCUGGUGCAAACAGCUCAGGAGACAGCUAUGAGCUCUGGCAUGACCAUGGAGAGCAUUUACAAACACAGCACACAGUUCUCUGACCUCAUACGAAACACACGCAGCAUCCUUCUGCCAGUCGCAGGCACGUGGUACAGAGCAAUCUCGGGCAUGUUUCAGAGCUGUACACCUGAUGCCAUGGAGAACCUCACGCAGGAACUGACGGACGUGAUGUGUUUGUGUGCAGAUGUGGUGCAGCUGAUCCUGUCGCUGGAAAGCACAGCCAGGGGAGGAGACGGUCAGCACGAGAGCAUUUCUGUUCUGCAGAGUAAAUUGAAAAAGGCACAGACAAACACCAAGCUGAUCACCGACCUGGCAUCAAAACCAUCGCUCACAGCAAUGGACAUUGAAGGUCCCUGCUUACUGUGGGCUCUGUCCAUGCAGGUUCUGCUGAAUUCACUGGAUAAGAUUGUUGGCACUGCAGCAUCUGCUAACACAGGUCAGGUCACCAAGCAUGAGAUGACCUUGAAGAAAUGGCUGACAACAGUGUCAGAGAACUCACUGAGGAUACAGGAAGCAGCUAGAUUGUCCUCUUUGAACUGCAGAGAUCAGUACAAGGUUAAAACCCUGGCUGAGCUCCAAGGAGAGGUGAAGUCACUCACCGAUACCUACCUCCAAGCCGAGGAGGACCUCCGAGCAGGUGCCUCUGACUCUGGUGUUCUGCCAUUUGCUAAGUCCGAACUCCUACAGAGACAAUUGGAAGCCAAAAUGAGGAUGCUGUCUGGCCUGUUGAGCAAAGUAAACAAAGACUAUGUGACACCUAUUGAAAAUGCAAUCAGCCUGGCCUACUCUGCGGCUACUAAGAAUGCAGAGAGUAGCAGCGCAACGGAGGCUCAGGAGCAUUUUAACAGGGCUGCAGAGCUGCUGUUGGAGAACGUCAAAGCCGCCACCGAGAGUGUGCAGGACUGCUUCAAUUACAUCAGGGACCCGCGUGAGCGCAUCCAACUCCGCUCCAUCAACGACCACCUCUCCUUCCAGAUGUCUGACAUCAUCAGUCGGAUCAAGCUGAUGGUGGAGAGCCGGGCCUACUGUGAGUCUCUCAGCCUGGAGAUUCAGACCCAGUGCUGGGCAGCCAAGGCACACCAUCUGGUGGCAGAGCUCGGGAAAGUCGAUAGCAUUCUGGAAAGAAUCAAAGAAACGGUCAAGUCGGGUCUUCAGGGCAAGAGAUCAGCGUGUGAGGCCCCAGUCACGUGGACGGCCACACCUGCGCCUCCUCUCGCCGUGGAAACAGGCCCUCUGAUAAACAUGCUGACUGACACAAAACAGAGCUUUGAGUGGAGGGGCGCACAGACAACCCUGCCGGCAAUAAACAUCCCCACUUCACCUAAACAGGAACCCAGAAUGCAGAGCAGGCGGGGCCAUGUGGUGAGCUCACCUGUGCAGCCCUGCCUCACCUUCACCUGCCUGUACCUGAAGCGUGAGACGGAGCGCUGGGAGUCCAGAGGGAACCACAUAGUGCAGGCCACCAAAGACAUCGCAGACAGGAUCUACCACAUGGCACAGUACCUGAAGAGGAAGGGACCCAUACAGAGCAAAGAGGCCUUCGUGUCGUCUGCCAAGCACAUAGUCUCCAGCUGCCAGUCCAUCACCCAGUUCCUGAAGGUGAUUGCCGAACACUGCCUGGACAAGCACUGCACAGAUGACCUGGUGCUACUGGUGGAGCAGAUCCUCACUAUCACCAACCAGCUCACCAUCAUCUCCAGCGUGAACGCACUCACCCCUGGCAGCAAGUCAUCAGACGAGUCAUUGGUGAAAAAUGCUCAGAACCUGCUUCAGAUUGUUCUGAAGGGGGUUCGAGCAGCAGAGACCGCCUGCAUUAAGGGCCUGAAGCAGCCCGAGCCCGGGACGGAUGCGGCCCGCGCUGCAGCGCUGUGCCUGCAGUGGAAGAGGAGCCUGCUGUUGCACCGAGCCAUGGAGAUCUCAAGCCCGGACACGGACGACCUGGGCCUACGCCGGACCAGGGACCAGACGGCCGAGCCUAGCCUGGCUCCAUCACUGUCUAUGCUGGAGCAGCACAAAUGAAGGGGCAUGCAUAUAUUAUAUGCUAAUAUAUGCUUAUAUUAUAUGAAUCUGCUACCCCCCCACACACAAACAUAUGCAGCAGAAGCAUGACAGGAAGUUCUGUGGGAUAAGCAAUGAAUUGGGGAUAUACUACUGCUACAUUGAAUAUGACGGGAGGCACUACCAUUUUCCUGGUGAACCAGUAGCCUGUAAGUAACAGUGUUUGUGUAGCCCACCCCCCUGGGCGUCAACACAUAGCUUCUGGCUCACCAGGAAACACUACCAUGGAGCUAUUGUCAUCCACAAUGACACAAAAACAACAAUAGCACAAAAAAUGUGCGACUAUUUUUCUUUUCUUUUUACAUUUUUUUGUCUUCUAUGGUCUAGCUAACUACUGGAGAGUACUGUAGACUAUAGAGACCUUUGGUUACUUAUCAUUCAGUGGGCCAGACAGAGGCCACAGUAAAGACGUGCAAACCAUACACACAUAGUUAAUGUGGCCUUUAACAAUGUGUGUACAGUAUGUUUUGCAAGUCUAUUGUAUUGCACAGUAUUUCAAAAACCUUAAA